AUGUUAGGAAAAGUGAGACGAUUUGUCUUAAUUGUUAUAAUGUGUGUUGAAAUAAUUACUAAAAUACUUUAUGAGAGAGAAUUCGUUAGGAAAGAGUCUUCAAUAUACAUAUUUGAGGAGUUUCGUGUAUUAAUGGAAUUGGAAGAUAAACGUUUAAAGAGUUUUUUGAUGAGCUAUAUUUAUCAACCAAUUCAUCAUCAAGGAAAGAUGAAACAUGGAUCAAAACGUGUUCCUGAUAGCAUGAUUGACACUUUGUUAGAAUUAGGAUUAACACAAGCAUCGCGUACUAUUACACGCCGAAAAGAUAAGGAUGGCGAUGGUGAAAUGUUGACGACUACCAUAGUAUUCAUACAAGAGAAUGCCAACAACAACAAAAUACACCUUGCUACAAUUUUACUAAAUCCUAUUAUAAGUCAACCUGCUAUUAUUAAUGUCAAUAUUCACAAUCCGGAAUUAGUUGAUGCUAUGCUAAUUAAAUAUAAUAUAGCGGCUUUAUUUAUGGCUUCAUUUUCUUAUUCUUAUAAUUGA